AGAGCGAGGUAACGAAACAACAUUCGCGUCCUACGGACUUUAUUUGUUCCCCAGAAAAUCAGUUUUUCAGGACCAAAAAUAUUGCAAUGUAUAGCAACUUAUAAAAUACUUAUUAUUUUUUACACUCUUGUGUAAAAACGGAUAAAAGAUGUCUCUUUUCUUCGUAAAUGCAUACUUGCUGUACAUUCUCCAUUUUUUCGUCCUCAUAAAUUUGUGUUGAAUACUUAGGAAAGUAUUCAUUGUAGUAAUCAGGAUAGCGAAGUGGAAGGCGACUCGAAUGGGGACCUUCAAAUCGCUUCGCCUGGGAGUUCGGAGGCCCAAGUAGCUUUGGGCCAAUUUUGGCCUAAAGUUACAGAGGAAAUUAAGAAAAUAACAACGAUGGACCUGAAGACACAAUCGCUACCUCUUGCGAGGAUAAAGAAAAUAAUGAAGCUCGACGGCGAUGUAAAAAUGAUAAGUGCCGAGGCCCCGAUGCUGUUUUCAAAAGCGGCCGAAAUUUUUAUCCACGAGCUGACACUUCGAGCCUGGGUACACACAGAGGACAAUAAGAGAAGAACUCUUCAAAGGAACGACAUCGCAAUGGCGAUAACAAAAUAUGAUCAGUUCGAUUUUCUGAUUGAUAUUGUUCCGCGGGACGAACUCAAGCAGAGCAAAGCGCAAGGCGAUAACACUGUUCGUACCUCCAUGAAUUCGGACCAGGUUCAUUAUUAUUUCCAACUGGCGCAGCAGCAUGCCUCGGCCAACCAAAACGCGCAAAACAAUGGAAAUAACGCUCAACCGUUGCAGAUUGUCCAACCCAGUUCCGGACAAAUUCAGACGAUUAACAUCGGCACCUCAGAUGACCCUAAUACGAAUACAACGCAAACGGUAACGGUACAAAGCCCACAGCAAGCGUCGGGUCAACAAGUAAUUCAACUUCAGCAGGCGCAACAGCCACCCGCGUCUCAAGGAGGCGGAAUUCAGAUCGUGCAACAAAUAGUGACACCUAGUGGCGAAAUUCAACAAAUACCUAUUCAACUGACGCCGCAACAAUUACAAAUGAUUAGGAUGCAAGUGCAGGGCGGUAGUAAUCAACCAAUAAUAAUCCAAGCCGCGCCAAUUCAAGCACAACCGCAAUUGAUUCAAGUCAAUCAAGGCGGACAACAGCCAGUUUUUCUCCAAACGAGCAACGCCGAUAACGAGUGACUUUCAUCUCAAUGAAAGAGUUUCACUCUCUUUAAUAUCAAGAUUUCGAUACUUUAUGAUCAGAAUGCGCGGAAAAAGAAUUAAUAUUGAAUCAAGAAAAUACCGUUACCAGUACGGAUAUUUUCUCGAUUUAAUGCUAAUUUCGUUUCGUUUAGAAUUCUCUUUGUUCCAUUGCAAAUUCGAAAGAAUUCAGGAGACAUAAGUUGGAUAAUUUGUGGGUGGAAAGGAGGAAUGGGCAGAGUUUUUCAGUUGUAAGCUAUCUCUAUUUGAUGUUUCUGUGAAACAAUUUCCUACGAUUUGAUGACGAUUUUCGAAGGUUAAGAGCUAUUCUAAAUAAACACAUUUUCUUAAGAAAUA